UUUUCCACUUAAAGCAUAAAUUCACUCUCACAAUUCAUUUUAUAUAGUCCUUCUUUACCUUUACCUCCUUCCACUACUCCAAAAAACAGCAAAAUGUCUCAGCUUAAUCUUAUACUUGUCUAUUUACUCUUCUUAACUCUCUGUCUUCAUCCAUGUCCUACUUAUUCCCAGCUAAGUCGACACCACUACGCGAAUUCCUGUCCCAAUGUUGAAAACAUUGUCAGAGAAGCUGUCAAAAAGAAAUUUCAUCAAACAUUUGUGACAGUUCCUGCCACUCUUCGUCUCUUCUUCCACGAUUGCUUUGUUCAGGGUUGUGAUGGUUCUAUUUUGGUAUCAUCAACGGCACAUAACAGAGCAGAGAGGGAUCACCCUGAUAAUCUUUCAUUGGCAGGAGAUGGAUUUGAUACAGUGAUCAAAGCCAAAGAAGCUGUUGAUGCUGUUCCUCUUUGCAUGAAUAAAGUUUCUUGUGCUGAUAUUCUAGCUAUGGCAACCCGUGAUGUUAUUGCAUUGGCUGGUGGACCUUACUAUGAGGUUGAAUUGGGAAGAUUUGAUGGUUUAAGAUCUAAAGAUUCUGAUGUUAGUGGGAGGCUUCCUCAACCGGGCUUUAAUUUGAACCAGCUUAAUUCUCUGUUUGCAAAUAACGGGCUUACCCAAACAGAAAUGAUUGCACUUUCAGGUGCUCACACCGUUGGAUUCUCACAUUGCAACAAAUUCUCCAACAGAGUAUACAAUUUCAACACAAAAAGUAGAGUAGACCCUACAUUAGACUUACAAUACGCAGCAGAAUUAAAAACAAUGUGCCCAAGGAAUGUGGAUCCAAGGGUUGCAAUCGACAUGGACCCAACCACUCCAAAAUCAUUCGACAAUGCUUAUUUCAAGAAUCUUCAAAAGGGAAAGGGUCUAUUCACCUCAGACCAAGUCCUCUUCACGGAUUCAAGAUCCAAAGCCGCAGUAAAUGCUUUUGCAAGUAGUAACAAAAUAUUUCGUGCAAACUUUGUUGCUGCUAUGACCAAAUUGGGUCGAGUUGGAGUCAAGAAUGCACAAAAUGGGAACAUUCGUACGGAUUGUGCUGUGAUUUAAUUCACAUCACAAAGUUAUAAUGUUAUGGAUGACAUAAUCACAAAUUAAGGGGAUGUGUUUGAUCAUUGAUGUACAUUUUAUCAUUUAUUUUCAGUUAUGAGUUAUGAGCACCGACUAUAAUCUAA